UCCCAUACAUGGUCACAUGACUCAUCUAUGAAUCUUAUGGCAGAGAAUUUGGCGAUGAGACCUCCAUCGACUCUCAACAUCUUCCCAUCUCAGCCGAUGCACAUAGAGCCACCUCCUUCUUCUACACACAAUACCGAUAAUACAAGAUUAGUUCCGGCUGCUCAACCUAGUGGUUCCACUCGACCAUCUUCUGACCCGUCCAUGGACUUGACCAAUCAUUCUCAGUUUCAACCUCCUCAAGCUUCUAAAUCCAUCAAGAAGGAAGGGAACCGCAAGAGUCUUGCCUCAUCGGACCAUGACAUACCAAAAUCGUCAGACCCUAAAACAUUGAGAAGACUAGCACAAAACAGAGAAGCAGCAAGAAAAAGCAGAUUACGUAAAAAGGCUUAUGUUCAGCAACUCGAGUCAUGUAGGAUUAAACUGACCCAACUAGAACAAGAGAUUCAACGGGCCAGAUCCCAAGGCGUAUUCUUUGGAGGGUCUCUUAUAGGAGGAGAUCAACAGCAAGGUGGACUACCCAUUGGCCCUGGCAACAUCAGCUCCGAAGCAGCGGUGUUCGAUAUGGAAUAUGCGAGGUGGCUGGAGGAGCAGCAGAGGCUAUUAAACGAACUAAGGGUGGCGACACAAGAGCACUUGGCCGAGAACGAGCUUAGGAUGUUUGUGGACACUUGUUUAGCUCAUUAUGACCAUUUGAUUAACCUCAAAGCCAUGGUCGCUAAGACCGAUGUCUUCCACCUCAUUUCUGGAGCAUGGAAAACUCCAGCCGAACGUUGCUUCUUGUGGAUGGGUGGUUUCCGUCCAUCGGAGAUCAUUAAGGUGAUUGUGAACCAGAUAGAACCACUGACGGAGCAACAAAUAGUUGGGAUAUGUGGACUGCAACAAUCCACACAAGAGGCCGAGGAGGCUCUCUCGCAAGGCCUCGAGGCAUUGAAUCAAUCACUUUCCGAUAGCAUUGUCUCUGACUCUCUCCCGCCUGCCUCUGCACCACUUCCUCCUCAUCUAUCCAAUUUCAUGUCACACAUGUCCUUAGCUCUCAACAAGCUCUCUGCUCUCGAGGGCUUCGUUCUCCAGGCGGAUAAUUUGAGGCACCAAACGAUCCAUAGGCUGAACCAAUUGUUGACGACCCGUCAAGAAGCACGGUGUCUUCUAGCCGUUGCGGAGUACUUUCACCGUCUUCAAGCUCUAAGUUCUCUCUGGCUAGCCCGUCCUCGGCAAGACGGAUGAUACUAAAACAAGUGAUGAAGG